AUGCCGAGUCAAGAAUGGCAAAGCGAUCUCAUGGACUGCAGCCCAUGCGGCACCUGCAUGAUGGCCUCAUUUCUUCCAUGCAUGGUCUUUGGCAAGACCUCCGAACGCUUGCGCGACCCCAGCCUCUCAGACUACUCACCCAUCAACGGAGACUGCUUCAUGAUCUCAGCCCUUGGCUCCAUUGGUCUCGGUUGGCUGUUUCUCAUGAAUAAGCGCGGCGAUAUCCGAAAGAAAUUCCACAUCGAGGGAAGUACAUGCGGCGACUGCUGCGUGUCGUUUUGGUGUCCCUGCUGCGUGCUCAUUCAGCAUGAGAACGAGGUCGAGGGGCGAACCGAUUAUGGGCCGAUCAAUACUGGGUACCAGUCGCAAGCACAGAACAUGGGAAUGAAGUAA